AUGUUCAAGCCCGUGUUCGUGCGUAAGAUUGAGCGAGACACGAUCGAGGAGCGGGAUAAGAUGCUGGCCGAACUCGACGCCGAGGCGGCGAAGACGGAGGCGGCCAAGGCGGCGAAGAAGGCGGAGAGCAAAAAGUUGGUCGAAGUCGAAGUCAAGCGCGAAGAGGCUCUCGCGGCGGCGAUGGACGAGAUGGAACCGAGCGACGUGGACACCGACGACGAGCUCGACGAUGCCCUCGAAUUCGACGCGUGGAAGUCCCGCGAGCUCGAGCGUUUGAAAACGGAUAGGAUCCAGCGCGAAUUGAUUUUCCGCGAACGCGAAGAGCAAGAACGCAUCCGCUCGAUGACCGAGGAAGAGCGCGACUUGUAUCACGCCAAACGCCUCGCGAAACGCGCGGAGCAGGAAAAGGAAAAACCCAAGAUGGCGUUCAUGCAGAAGUAUUACCACAAGGGCGCGUUCUUCCAAGAAUCGGCCGACGACGCGUUCGGCACCGCGGGCCCAGAUGAAAUUUACAAGCGCGACUUCUCCGCCCCGACGGCGGAGGAAAAGUUCGACAAGUCCAUCCUCCCCGCCGCCAUGCAAGUUCGCAAGGGAAAAUUCGGUCGCGCCGGCCAAACCAAAUGGACGCACUUGGCCGCGGAAGACACGAGCGCGGCGCGAAAGGGCGACGACGACGAUUUAUGGUCCGGCCGCGACAAGAGCGUCCGCGCCAUCAAAGACAAAAUGCUCGCCAAGCAGGGCGGCCUUCGCGACGCCGCGCGACGCGCCUGA